CAUUGAUAGCGCAGCUACAUACCGCCAUGUCUCCGAAAGUAAAGUGGCGGCUAGCGAUCACUGCGAUUAUACUUUGUGUGAUUGUGAUAUUGUACCUAAUUUUGACCCGUAUUCCAACGUAUAUAUACAUUUUUGUCAUUAGUGCUUGUGGCGUUGGUUGCUACUACAACGCGAUAGAUUUUCCCUUUCUCUCAAGAUUAGGCCUUAAUCCACGCCAUGGUUUGACAAUUCCAGCGGCUUUUCUUAACUGGUUACGCGGGUGGAGCAUUAGUAGAGAAUCGACAGGCAGGCGAAGAAACAGAACUCUUUCUCCCGCGAAUAAUGCUGUUUUGAGCAACGAAAGGCUCUCUGAAACUUCACUGCAUUAUCCGGAUGCUUCUUUCAACUGUUCGUUUUACCCGCGACAUACAUACAUGGAUCGACCUGAGCCCAGCCCGUCGAGAUUUUAUGGAAAAACUCGUUUAACUCCCCUGAAAAAGAGGCUAUCAUAUGGGGGUGCUUUGGAGAGCCCACCGCGCAUUGUCUCCCCAGCAGGACGACAUUACACUGUCCAUCAGGCGACAACCACAUCCUUUGGGGUUCUACCUCAACCGUGGGAUCGCUUCCACCAGAAGAGUAUUCUCAAGCCGCGAAACGCUGCUGUUGUCCAAAGCGCUGUCAGGAUAGCGAAACCAGAAAGCCACCCAAACAUAUCUGCUUUCUUUGACAAUUUGAACUCGCACGUGGCCUCACCUGAAAGCCUGCAGAGACAGCCUGAGCCAUGCUCUCGAGAGAGCGUACUGAGUGUGCUGAGAGAAAGCCGCAAACGAGAGGUGGACAAGGAGGAUAAAAGAGAUAAUACUGACGGACAGUAUGCGAAAAGAAGUCGCCAAGACAGUGGUGGGAGCGCCAAUUCAGGACUUGAGCCCCUAUUGGCCAAUGGAGCUCCAUCCCUGCUAGUACCAAGAACGGGUCAGAAGAGAUGGCUGAAUGGUGCGAUGGCCGAGGAGUCGGCAACAAAGAGAUCGCGCACAUCCUCCAUCAGCUCUGCGGCCGGGGGCCCUAGCACAGCAGGGGCCCGUAACUCCAUCACCAGCUCUUACAGCUCCUCCCAGGCUGCCUCCAAGCGUAAGGCUCUGUCCAGCUCCAGUCAGUCCCCUUCAACAAGCCUGGGCUCCCCACGCCCUCAGACCCCAGUGAGGGCAGCCAAAAAGCUCAGGGAUGAGACCACCGAUUCACCAAGUUUGUCUUUUGGAAAAUCUGACAAGAAUGCCUCGGAUUCGUCUCCGGCCGCAAAGGAGUCCAAACCUGCCCCCGAAACUCCCAAGUCUUUGGCCGCCGCUAACUCAAAGGACCCUGGCUCCCAGCGUAGGCGCAAGAUUCCACUCGUGUCGCACAACAAAGACGGACAGAUUCCUCUGCCUCCUCCACCUGAGCUUGGCUAUACCAUCACAGUUGAGGAUUUGGACAGGGAGAGAAAAGCCAAUCUCUCUCAGAUUCAGAAGCUCCUGGAAGAACCUGAACCAGAGAAGCCUGCACCUGAACCUGCACCCGCAACCACAGCGGCCUCCAUCUCCCUCUUCUCCACCUCCACCUCCAUCUCCACCACGGCUGCCACUGCUGCCCCAGCCGCCGCCACCGCCACCAGCGAGAGCACUCCAGCCGCCGCGGCUCCUUCACUGAGCUCCAUCACAACCUCCGCUCCCACCCUCACCCUGCCCUCAGUGGCUCCCGCCGCAUCCUCUGUCCUGGGGAUCACUCCUACCCUUGCCCUUGCCCCUGCCCCUGCUCCUGCUCCUACCCUUGCCCCUGCCCCUGCCCCUGCCACCGCCACCACUCUUGGGGCUCCUGCUGGCCUGCCGCCUCCCUACUCCUCCUCCACUACCACCACCUCCUCCUCCUCGCUGGGGCUCCCCGUAACCUCUCUCCCCACCUCUGCUGCUGCGGCGAGCCAGCCCAACCCCCUACUGGAGAGCCUGAAGGCCAUGAGGUCGCCUGCGUUUGGAACCACCAUUGCAGGUGCCACCUUGCCCACACCAGCUGCUGUGAUGACUACUGCCGUGCUGACGCCCGCUGCUCAGAGUGCGGGCCCUGUGAAGUCUGAGCCCAGCGCGAGUGCCCCACCACCAGCCUACCCCGGGGCCGUGCGCCCGACCCCCAACAUGAACUCGGCCUUCGCCCAGGUCCUGAGUCAGCCCCUGCAGGUGUCCACAAGCGGAGCGAGCCUGUUCGGGCUGGUCAAGCCGACGGCGACCCUCGCCUCCACGGCCCCCCCGGCCAGUUCCUCUUCCUCAUUAUCGUCAUCCUCAUCCUUAGCACAGACAACGAUGGCGGCGGCAGUGGCUGCCUCAUCUGGCAUCAGCCUCUUUGGCACCACCACGUCAAGCGCUCUGCCCACCUCUGGCUUCAAGCCCAUCUUUGGAGCGUCCACCACGGCCCCUGCCGCGGUGUCGGCGCAAGAGAGCAAGCCUGCUGUCCCCACCUUCACCAACAUCUUCGGCAGCGCGAACAGCGGCAACGUUUUCGGCCAGAUGGCGGCCCCGGCGACAACGGCGGCUCCGGCAGCAGCAGCGGCGGCAGCACCGACGGUGGCGGGCGGCGGAAGCACCGGUCUGUUCGGAGGGCUCACCGCCAGCCAGCCGGCUCCGGCGUCCACCGCCGCCAGCACCGCGACCGCCACGCCGGCCAAGUCUCUGUUCGGCAGCUGGGGCGCGGCCGCGCCGCCGGCAACCGCCGCUCCGCCCGCCAACACAUUCCAAUUCGGAGGCCCCUCCGCCACCUCCACCACCACCGCCGUCGGUGGCGCAGCACCAGCAGCGGCAUCCGUCUCCACCGCCGGGUCUGCCGGCUUCCAGUUUGGCGGGGUCCUGCCACCGGCACCCGCCGCCGCCUCCACCCAGCCCGCGGCUCCUCAGGGCGGCUUCUCGUUCGGCCAGCCGUCGGGGGCUCAGAGCUCCGCGCCGGCUCCCUUCGGAGGGUUUGGCAUGACGAGCGCUAACCCCGCGGCCGCGCCCGCCUCUUCCUCCGCCGCCACCACCACCACCCCGGCAGCGUCUGUGUUUGGGGCGUCGUCCUUCAGCAGUGCCACCCAGGCGCCUGGUGGCAAGCCCUUCACGUUCGGGGGCACGGCAGCGCCGGCGGCAGGGGCGUCGGCCGCCAACACGGCGUCUCCGUUCGGGUUCGGAGGUGCCGGGGGUGCCACUGCCGUGGGUGCCUCGGCCACGCCGGCGCCCGCUUUCGGCGCGGGCGGGCAGUCGAUGUUCGGCAGCAGCGCCGGAAGCGCAGCGUCGGGCUUCACGUUCGGGGGUGCGGGCGCUGCCGCCUCGGCCGCCACCACCACCACCUCCACCCCUGCUGUCCCGACCUUCGGGACCCCCUCCACUCAGACUGCAGCCCCCCUCGCGGCGGCAAACCCCACCUUCACAUUCGGCCAGCCGGCGCAGAACGCCACGGCAACCCCCGCCGCCAACCCCAACACGGGCGGCUUCAACUUCGGCACACCUCAGUCUCAGACACCCUCAUUCGCAUUUGGAGGCAAUGCAACCAACUUUCUUGCGACAUCCACACCAUUCAAUCCGCCGGCGGCCGGAGGAUCCAUGGCCUUUGGUUCACCCCCGGCACCCCAAGCACAGGGCUUCAACGCACAGACAGGCUCUCCUUUCGGUGGCACUCCUAUGGGAAGCUUCUCCAUCGGCGCUGGCUCCAAACCCUCUGCUCGCCAGAGGCUGCAAGCUCGUAGGAUGCAUGUGAGGAAGAAGUAGCCCCUCACCACUGGGGCCCCUCAGCAGCACUGCGCCCCCCAAUGGACUGUUUCUGCUACUGCAACCGCUGUGGUUGCUGCAGCCAUGGCUGUACUGAGUAAAUAUAUGAUAGGUUUAAAAUGAGUCCCUUUUUUGUACUUGGAAAAAAAACAAAAAACUGAAAUACUUAAGAUGAGGAAUUUGAGUUUCAUUACUUUGCAUUGUAUGUAUUAUUUUAUUGUUUUUGUUUUUAGUGUCUAAUUUUACCAUGAAAUUGUUUUUCCUCAAUAAAGUGUGUAUAAAGUUUUUUUUCCAACCUAUGCUGUGUGAAUUUCUCGAAGUGGAAAAUUAUUUAUGUGUGGGGAUGGUAGUUUACUAUAAAAAGCUGGAGAUGGUACACAUAUAUGUGGGUAUGUGUACUGUAGUCUGACCAACUUAGAAAUUGUUCAUUGUUUUUAUUGGUAUGUCGCUUUGGACAAAGGCAUCUGCCGAAUAGCCAUAACCGAAACCAUAAACAUUUUAUUAAUGUUGUACCGAUAUCUGAGCUCUCCAUGUAAUGGGCUUGACAAUUUCAAGAUUAAACAAGGGGAGGUUGUGUUUUUAGGUCAUUUUCACAGGAUUAAAAUCUGUAUGUGAGGUAACUAAUAGGCACUUGAAAAUCUACGCGAAAGUGCAGAUGUUGUAAUAGAAAUUGAGUCAAAAUCAUUGUUUUUCCUCAGGUCCAAGAAUGAAAAUCCAAAGGUAUAUACAAUAUAACCAAGUCAGUGUAUUUAUGUGUGGAUGAAACAUGGCACAUCAUUGGCACUUUACAUGUGAAAUGACUGGACUGAGCUAUUCCCGUGUUGAUUUUUGUGUUCCUACUAGCUACCCCACAUGCCAUUUUAUUAAAAAAAAAAAAAAAAAAAAAUGCCAGCACACCUUGUUUUAUCUGUUAUAUCUUCAUGUGCAUUUGUUGCAGACUCUAUUGGCUCAACAUAAUAAAGUAUUGUAUUUAUAAGAAAA